AUGAAGUGCAAGUCGCUCCUUUUGACUGGCCUCGCUGCUGGUUCGGCGACGGCUAGAGCUCAUGGUCUGCACCAAGCUGCCCACCACCACCAGAGGAAGGAUGUUAAUCCUGUCGUCGAAACUGUGUGGACCACCAAGACUGUCGUCAACUGGGAGGUGGCUACCGUGUACACCACCGUUACCGCCGAGCCGACCACUACUACCAUCACCAUCACCACCGCUGCCGCCUCUGAUCCUUCCACCUCAACCUCGACUGCCAGUGCCAGUGCCACUACCACGGAUGCCGUCGUGCUUGGAACCGACACAAUCUCUGUUAAGCAAGACUACGUUGUCGACUCUAGCUCGACCACGACAUCCGAAAGUACCUCCAGCUCUACAGUCACUGCGUCCGAAACCACGGCCACGACUACGACUACGACCGCCGCUGCUACAAGCUCUUCCUCCACCUCUACCUCAGACUCCAGCGACUGGUCCUCCACCCCCUCCGACGGCGUUUACUCAACAACGGGCUUCGGCGAACGCACCAACUCCUCCGGCAGCGGCGUCUCCUACACGGGCAACGUCGGUUCCCCCUGGGGCAGCAACAUCAUCGAAGUGGACUCGUCCUCGGCCUCCUCCUACAAGUACGUCAUCCAGCUCACGGGCAGCAGCAGCGCCGACUGGUUCGUGUCCUUCUGGAACAAGAUCGGCCCCGAUGGGCAAAUGGACGGAUGGUACGGACACUCCGCGCUGAACUUUACCCUUGCCGCCGGUGAAACCCGAUACGUCGCCUUUGACGAGGAUAGCCAGGGUGGAUGGGGUGCAGCGGAGGGUAGCUCGCUGCCCACGGAUCAAUAUGGCGGGUAUGCUUGUACCUGGGGCGAGUUUGAUUUCGGGUCCACGAUCAAUGAUGGGUGGAGUGGGUGGGAUGUUAGUGCGAUCCAGGCGCAGAAUGCGGAUUUGACGGUUCAGGGGAUGAAGAUUUGUACUGCCGCUGGGGAGGAUUGUUCAUAUAUCACGACUGACGCGGCGAGUGUGGUCAACGCCUAUACCGCGGCCGAGGCGGCGGUUGAUGGGAUUGGAGGGUCUGUUACAGAGGGUGCUGUGAGGUUGGCUGUGGAGAUUGAUUAUAGCGGCUGA